AAAAUCUACAAGACAGUAAAAGCACCCUGGCUCCCUGGUUCAGAGGUAGAUCAGUUACCAGAGGGUUUAUCUAGCUAUCUAGCUAACUAACUAACUAACUAACUAGAAGCUUGUGAAGCUAGCUGAAUUUGAGGCUACAUAUUUUCCUGUUGCCUGUUAGGUAGCUACUUACCAUUCUGGGGAUACAUAUAACUAGCUAGCUAGCAUAGCUACCUAGUUAGCCUACAUAGUUAGAAGUUAGCAGGCUAAUUUAGCAUAGCAAUCCACAUCUAUGUAAUGGCAACAAACUUGAAAGACAAGGAAGCCUAUCAAAGACUAAACUUUCUAUAUCAGGCUGCACACUGUGUUUUGUCUCAAACCCCUGAGAAUGUGGAAUUGGCUCGUUUUUACUGCUUCACUCAGAAGACCAUUGCAAAACGUUUGGUGCUGAGACAAGACCCCUCAGUGAAAAGAACAUUAUGUAAGAAGUGCUGCUCUUUGCUGGUCCCAGGAGUAACUGCCACAGCCAGACAGAGAAGGAUUAAGUAUAGAAACCGCAUGACUGUGCUGCAGUGUCUCAGCUGUGGACAGAGCAAGAGGUUCCUUAACAAUCCGAAGCAUCGCCUGUGGGUGGACCAGUCUGAGGCCCAGCUGGAGAACCAAUCACAGCCAGAACAAGGUCACUCCACUAAAGAGUUGCAGAAGGAGAAAGCUGAUACCCGUAUCUCAGAAAUCCUCUACAGGGCCUUCCUCUACCCAGCACCAGGUGUCUCCAUCAAAGCCCUAAACCUGAGCCCUGUGGCCUCGGUAGCCUAGUCACAACUGGACAUAGCCUCUUUGUGUGGUAUUGACACAUAUUUUCAACAAUUUCAUUAAAAACAUUUUGAUAUGAGCAUA